AUGGUCAUCAUCUCGCCUUACUCAGCUAAUAUCAGCACCAUCGAGAAGCUUAGAAAGAUCGCGGAAUUUAUUGCCUUGAAGCCCAUGCGUCCGGCCGCGACAGUCGACUCCUUCCAGGGCCAAGAAGGUGACAUUGUGGUGAUCAUCAUGGGGACAACGUCUUCUACGGGCCCAGGUUUCACCUCUGACGAGCACCGGCUGAACGUUUUGCUGAGUCGUCACAGGUCUGGCCUCAUCAUCGUUGGGAAUAUUGAUGUCGCUGGCGACGUGAAGAAUCUGGAUGCACCGUUUGAGGGCAUGGGAAUCAUUGGUAAAAGUGGUGAGAAGUAUUUUGACAAAUGUGAUAUGCUCUGCAAUAUUCACUUUGCCUUGUACGAAGCGGGCCGAGUUGUCCGAGUGCCAGUUUUUAUAUAUAAAAAGGAAACCAAGGGUGGUUAG